AGUACUUCGUACAAGGGCUGCCCAGCACCAGUGAGCCGAAAAGACCUGGAACUAUGGUUGCUGGUCUGAUGCUCUCGUGGUCAAACAUUGUCUCAGAUCUGCUGGAAAAAAAGAUCGCCCUGCACCCAUCGCAAUUCUGUGACCAGAACACCUCGAUCUGCGUUAGCUGGACCGUGGCAUUAUUCUUCUCAAGUUUCCCUUCUUGCGACGACUUGUUCAGAUUUCCAUCUCCAAUUCAGUGGUCCUCCAUCCCCUCGCCCGGAUUCUCCCGUCUAUCUCUCCCUGUCCCUUGACGACUUCAUCCUCCACACGAGAGGACUUUUCCGAAAGGCUUUCGACGAUUGAUAAAGACCAAGAAACGAUGGGUGUCCAUGCCUGAGCGAAAGAUAUUGUAACAACACACUAUGCUUUCCUACAAACAAAGAUUGUGAAAAAUUUCCAUGGACUCCACAGCUUCAGGCAAAUCCAGAACCCUCCCUGUCGUGCUGCCGUACCCCUGUUCUCCUCUCGCGUCCGAAGAGCAGACCGCCUUACUGUGUUGUUCGCAUUCAAUAUCUGCGCAUAAAGCGCGUCAAAGUCAUGAGGCUAGGAGAGAAGGAGCCUGCAACAGUGAACGGUAAUCUUGGACAGACAUCUUCUCCGCUUCGCAACUUGCCCAAUCUACCAGAGGCUCCUGCAGCCAUGUCAACGAACGACCUGGUUGCGCGGUCGCGUGAGUUCAUCUCAACCCCCUUCACAGCUGCCUUCUGUGCAGGAGGUGUAGCUGGAGCUGUCUCGCGGACCGUUGUAUCACCCCUGGAACGAUUAAAGAUUCUUUAUCAAGUACAAAGCGCAGGUCGCAAUGAAUACAAAAUGUCCAUCUCCAAAGCUCUGCGAAAAAUGUACACAGACGAGGGUUGGAGGGGUUUUAUGAGGGGGAAUGGCACCAACUGCGUACGCAUUGUGCCUUAUUCGGCUGUGCAGUUCGGAGCCUACAAUGCCUACAAGAGAUUUUUCGAAAGUACACCCGGCGCAGAUCUCGACCCUAUUCGACGGUUAAUAUGUGGUGGCUUGGCUGGCAUCACAUCCGUUACUUUCACAUACCCUCUCGACAUCGUACGAACGCGACUUUCAAUCCAGUCGGCUUCGUUUGCCGCACUCGGGAAACACGAGGGCAAGUUGCCUGGCAUGUGGCAGACAAUGAUCAACAUGUACAAGAAUGAAGGUGGUGUGCUUGGCCUCUAUCGAGGCAUUAUUCCCACGGUGGCCGGCGUUGCACCAUAUGUUGGUCUGAACUUCAUGGUGUACGAGUCGGUUCGAGGCUGGUUCACCGAGCCUGGUGAGAAACACCCCGUCUGGUAUCGCAAGCUCGCUGCGGGAGCGAUUUCGGGAGCUGUGGCUCAGACUUGCACAUAUCCCUUCGACGUACUCCGACGACGGUUCCAAAUCAAUUCCAUGUCAGGCAUGGGCUACCAAUACAAGGGUAUCUUUGAUGCUAUUCGGACCAUUGUCUCCCAGGAGGGGAUCAUGGGGUUGUACAAGGGCAUAGUGCCCAAUCUACUGAAGGUUGCUCCUAGCAUGGCUAGCAGUUGGCUCAGUUUCGAAAUGACGAGGGACUUCUUGGUUGAUUUGGCACCAACGAAGGCAGACCCUAUAUGAGACGGUCUGAUUCAAUUUCACAAUCACAUCCGGUGUAACGUGGCUCUCUAUCAAUUUUAGAAUCCAGGGAAGACUCGGACAGGUGUUUUCGUGCUUACAGGAAACAAUGGAGUUCACACAGCCUUGCGAGUUGCCGCAGCGUGACUAUCGCUGUAUCUCCAAUAUGUAUUGGAAUUGGUGGACAUUUCAUGGAGUAGGAUUGGGAGGCUUAGACAGAACAGGAGCAGCAUUUUUCAGGAGUCAUAAAAUAUCACAGACAAGCCUUGGAGCGAACAGAAUCUAUACAGAUUCCAAUAAAUAAGCCCACGACUUGAGAUGUUCAAUCUGGC